GUUUACAGCAGCACUGCUCAGGAAAUGACACGCAAGGUUAGCGCUGCUGCUGGUGGCUUGCCACGCGCCUAGAGAAUCACCAUACAGACAUCAUAUUUCCGUUCUUCUGAAUUACAUGUCGAGUCGUCGUGAUUUUAAAGUCAUAUUUGUCCAUAUUUUUUUUUCGCUGGUGAAUUUUAGAUGGCUGUAUUUUUGCAAUUCAUUGUGCGCAGCAUUUGAAUGGCUCUUCAUUUUCAUCCCGAGAUCUGCAGUAUUUCAUGAGCAGCUCGGCGCUCCUCGCUGCGCAGCAUGGAGGACAGUGUUAGGAUGACAGAGGGACGGACGCAUCGCCUGCACAUCGGAUAACGCUUUUCAAAGGACAAGCACACCAUUCAAGGCUAAUAUAAAUGAAUGGUCGCGGUUUCUGAGCUGGCAGACUCUGCUUUGCAGGGCUGGCAUUUUACUUAACAGACAUGCCGAGACUUGAGGGCAAACGGGGCGCCGUCAUUCUUUCGGCACUGUCAGUCAUCAGCGUAUUUAUUUUUUGUGAAUAUAUCAUAUAUUACCCGACGAUCCUGCGGUGCCACUGGCCCCGGGGGGGUGAAGAGGAUGGGCUGCCGGCCCUUCGCGUUUUAUUUCUGGCUGAUACCCACCUGCUGGGCGCCAUCAGGGGACACUGGUUCGACAAACUGCGGAGGGAGUGGCAAAUGGAAAGGGCCUUCCAGACCGCUCUCUGGCUCCUGCAGCCUGAGAUAGUCUUCAUCUUGGGGGACAUCUUUGACGAGGGGAAGUGGAGCUCCCGACAGGACUGGAAGCGUGACGUCCAGCGAUUUCUGCGGAUGUUCCGACACCCCAGAGACACGGAGCUGAUCGUACUUAUCGGAAACCACGAUGUUGGAUUCCAUUACGAGAUGAACAGAUACAAGCUGGAUCGCUUUCAGAGGCUCUUCAAUUACACAUCCGCCAAGAUUCUCAGCAGGAAAGGGGUUAACUUCGUGCUGGUGAACAGCGUGGCCAUGCAGGGUGACGGCUGUGCUAUCUGCCAGGCCGUCGAGGAUGACCUGCUUCAGCUGUCCCAGGACCUCAACUGCUCUUUGCAGGGCCUGCCGUCAUACGCCGUGCAGGAACAGUGCCGCGGCAGACGGAGCCUGCCUCCCUCCGCUCCCAUCCUCCUGCAGCACUACCCUCUGUACAGAGUCAGUGAUGCCAGCUGCUCAGGGAAAGAUGUAGCUCCACCGGAAGAGCGACACCUGCUGUUUAAAGAGCGAUACGACGUGCUCUCCAGGGAGGCCUCCAAGAAGCUGCUGAGGUGGUUUCAUCCCCGCCUCAUCCUCAGUGGUCACACCCACAGCGCAUGCGAGGUCCUGCAUGAGCAGAAGUACCCCGAGAUCAGCGUGCCCUCCUUCAGCUGGAGGAACCGCAACGACCCCAGCUUCAUCCUGGGCACCAUCUCCCCAAGACACUUCGCCCUCCAGAAGUGCUUCCUCCCUGAAGAGAGCACGGUCAUCGGUGUUUACUGUGCCACCGGCAUCACCCUCGCCCUCUUGCUCACUGUCCACUGCCACUCCCUCAGGGUUGGCAAUCUCAAGUCCCCAUGAACCCCCUGAGCUUGAGGGAUCCAGAGUAGGCCUGUGCAUGGGCACGCUUGGAAGGUGGCUGAUUUUCUCAUUCCGCUGAAGCGUAGUGGACAUCUAUGGUCUUCGCGCCGUCUCUGUCCCAUGUCAUGUGAUGGGGGGGAGGGGGGGGGGUGGUUUUGUACCCCAAAAAACAGAGCCUGUGCACUGAAGUAACAAGCUAAUGCUUAGUUGGGGUUUGCUUAUUGCAAAUGUAAUUUAAACAACUGUAAAAAAUACACAGGUCAUCACUGACUAGAGAACCGCAGAGAGACGGGAGCAGCUGUGGGAGGGAAAGACACAGCUUAUUGCUAAAACACCCCCCCACUAAAUCAUGUGAUCUAAGGAAUGUCAUUUCCAUCAACGAUUAAAGAGAAAUAUUCACACA